UUACUUUUGCGUCAACAGCCGGAAGUAGAUGCGGAAGUAUCCGCGAAGGAGCCGCAGCAGAGGCAGCACGGUGUCGGACAGGUGCAUCAGAGGCUCCCAGUCAAAAUGUUGAAAGCGGUUAUUUUAAUCGGAGGUCCUCAGAAAGGAACAAGGUUUAGGCCGCUGUCCUUUGAAGUUCCUAAACCUUUAUUUCCAGUAGCUGGGGUUCCCAUGCUGCAGCAUCACAUAGAAGCAUGUGCCAAGGUACCGAAUAUGAAGGAGAUCUUGCUCGUCGGAUUUUAUCAGCCAAAUGAAGAACUGACCAGAUUCCUGUCGAACGCACAGCAGGAGUUCAAAAUUUCUAUUAGGUAUCUGCAGGAGUACGCGGCGCUGGGCACCGGAGGGGGCAUCUACCACUUCAGAGAUCAGAUCGUGUCGGGCAGUCCAGAGGCGUUCUUUGUUCUGAACGCUGACGUCUGCUCUGAGUUCCCUCUGCCGGAGAUGCUCAGCUUCCAGAAGGAACACGGAGAGCCCAACAGCUUCGUUAUCCUCGGGACAACAGCGAACCGAAAGCAGUCCAUGAAUUACGGAUGCAUCGUUGAAAAUGAGGAAACAAGCGAGGUCAUGCAUUACGUGGAGAAGCCGAGCACGUUUGUGAGCGACAUCAUCAACUGCGGCAUCUACCUGUUCAACCCCGACAUCUUCCAGCACAUCGGAGCCGUCUUCCAGAAGAACCAGCAGGACAUGCUGUUAUAUCCAUACGAUGGAGAGGAGCCGACCAACGGCUGGCACCGGGCGGAGGCCAUCCGGCUGGAGCAGGACAUCUUCACUGCCUUGGCAGGACAGGGCAAGCUCUACGUAUACAAAACCCUCAGCUUCUGGAGCCAGAUCAAAUCUGCAGGGUCGGCAAUUUAUGCCAGUCGAUUGUACCUCAACCAGUACCACAAAACCCAUCCGGAGAGACUGGCCUCCAAUAAGGAAGGAGGGCCCAAAAUAAGCGGUAACGUCUACAUUCACCCUACAGCCAAUAUUGACCCCACAGCUGUGCUGGGUCCUAACGUCUCCAUUGGCACUGGAGUGACGAUCGGAGCAGGAGUGAGAGUUCGAGAAUCCAUCAUCCUCCACGGUGCAACUCUACAGGAUCACAGCUGUGUUUUGAACUGCAUUGUGGGUUGGGACAGCACCAUUGGCAAGUGGGCAAGAGUAGAGGGAACACCGAGUGACCCAAACCCCAAUGACCCCUAUGCAAAGAUCGACAGCGAGACCCUCUUCAGAGACGGCAAACUCACACCCUCCAUUACAAUCCUGGGUUGUAAUGUGACCAUUCCCUCUGAGGUGAUUAUACUCAACUCGAUUGUCCUCCCGCACAAAGACCUCAACCGCAGCUUCAAAAACCAAAUUAUUCUCUAGUUAAUCUUCCUCUCGCGCUGUCCACUUAGUGUCACAGAUGAAGGAUGCGGCUGGAGCAGCGUUGGCACCGACUCUGAGUUACUGUAUAUAAGAUGUCAGAAGAGGGAAGAUACGGGACAUUUAUUUUCUGGUUUUGAAAGAUGGAUUUUUUUAUAUAUUUAGGCUGAAACCCUUUAUGCAUCCUUGGGCAUUGGCAGUGUUGAAAGUACUUAGAGAGGCUAAUCACGCAUGUUGAUUCACCUUGAAAAGUACUGUUAUGCUAGAACUUGAUAUUGGAUUUUUUAUGAAUUUUAUUGGACUGUUGAAUUACUGCAGACACCUGUGUAAUAUAUUUAGAUGUAAUAUAGUUUAAAAAAAAUAUAUUGUAGACUACACUCUGUUUCCCAAGGGUGCCCUUCUGUCUGGGGACAUGUUACUUCAAACGACGACAUUUUUGGCUGAGAAGAAAGAAGAAUCAAACAAUAAAAAUAACCACUCACUGUGUGGCUAA